UCCAUGGUCACAGCGAGUCUCCGAGGGAUGAGCAAGUGCUUGAAAGGAUGUGAAGGCUUGCCUUCGUGCUCUAUGCCGGUGGCAGAUAGCCCAUAUCUCCGUCAGCCAGCCAGCUGCACGCUGCUACAUAGUUGUUCUAAUCAUCGCCAACAAGACUGCCAGAAGAGUACGGACAGAACCUCUUGAGUCUUGUAUUACUGCUGAAGUGCUGUACAUGGAUUGUCGAUCUAGUAAUACUAGCACUACCGGUGCAAUUGUUGCCAGUACAUGUAGUUCAAAAGCAAAAAGUCCACCACCCUCGGAACACCUGGGUCGUAUGCGUGCAGUUCGAACGACUUGUUGAGCAAACUCAGGACUGGCUGCUGUCUUCAUCGUUUGAUUUCUUUGUCGUUCGUGGACCCACCGAGGAUUCUUGCCAGCGACUAUGUCGUCGUUCACUAUGCUGAAACCCAUCGAUUUCGAGGAAUGUCUAGGUGAUACGCCACGAUUCAGGAGUCAUCUGGAGGUACACGAGGCUCAGAUCUCAAAGCUGGAAUCACACAUUGAAAAGACCAUCAAGCAAUGCAAAAAGUACAUCGAGGCUGGCCGCGCAUUUUCACAAGCCAGCAAGUUGUUUAUGGAAACUCUGACGCUGAUGGGCCUGCAAGUAUGCGACGACGCUCAAAUCAAAGUAGGUCCCUGAAAACAUAUUUUGCUGCAGACAU